AAUUCAAUGAGAGCGAAAUAGUUGCGGAGAAAAUCAAACGAUGGAGCGGGCGAAUGCUUGAGGGGAAAUGGGAAGGAAGAAAAUCGACCGAAAAUGAGGAACUGGGUUCUUUCAACAUUAGGUCCUUCUCCUAAUUUCGAUGCCGAAUUUCUAAUCUUUGAGCUUUGAGGAAGGUUUUUUUUUUGGUUCAUGGCGGAACCUGAUACAAUCUUCUUCAUCUCUACCGACAAAGCUUCUGCUCUACUCCUUGUUGUCAGGUUCCAUUUGGGUUUAUACAUUUUCGUUUUGUUUUUUCUUUUUCAUUUGGAUCACUGACUGAUUAUCUCGCUUGAGGAUCUGACACAAUGAAGUUCGGCUUGAUUUUGUUUUUGUUCUUCUGUUUAAUUUGAGGUGGGAUGUUUGUUCUGGACACUUGGUAGUGUGGUUUUGGGAGAUGGGUUUUGAUUUCCGAAGUUGAAAUUUGCUAUUUAGCUUGGAAAUUUUGGAUCUUUUGGAGUGAGUGGCGUUCAAUAGGGUUCUGCAUUUUGUGGGGGAUAAGGGAGUCCUAUUGGGUGUUUGUGUAUUUUGUGAAUAAGUUCAUCGCCAUGGAUGGUAUUGGGGAAUCUUCUCAAUCUGGGUCUGGAGUUGUUGAUUCUCAAUCUUUGGGAAGUGGUGUUGUUCGUGAAGAUAAUAUGGUUGCCGAACAAGUUUCGCCUCUAAGAGGUGGUGGGAGGAACACUAGUCCAUUGGGUAGAGCAGGAUCGAGGAACACUAGUCCUUCGAGACAGAAGGUUAUAAAGACGAAACCUCGUGGAUUAGAUGAGGAAACGGUCACAACAUUUGGUAAAGCAGCUCAUCCAGACGUUCAAAUGGAAGACAGUAUAUGGGCGAUGCUACCUGAAGAUUUGUUGAAUGAGAUAUUAGCCAGGGUUCCUCCAUUUUUAAUCUUUAGGCUUCGUUCUGUUUGUAAAAGGUGGAAUUCGAUACUUCAAGAUUGUAGUUUUCUUAAAUUUCAUGCUCAAGUGCCUUCACAUGGGCCUUGUCUUCUCACAUUUUGGAAGAAUUCUCAAACUCCCCAAUGCUCAGUCUUCAGCUUGCCUUUAAAAACAUGGUAUAAGAUUCCGUUCACAUUUUUGCCUCCUUGGGCAUUCUGGUUGGUUGGUUCAUCUGGUGGUCUUGUUUGUUUUUCUGGGCUUGAUGGGCUAACUUUCAAAACCUUGGUAUGCAAUCCACUCACACAAAAGUGGAGGGCAUUGCCAAAUAUGCAUCACAAUCAGCAGAGGCAGCUAAUUUUGGUUGUUGAUCGGACUGACCGUUCGUUUAAAGUUGUAGCGACUAGUGAUAUUUAUGGUGAUAAGUCUCUACCCACUGAAGUUUAUGACUCAAAGCUGAACCGUUGGUCACUUCACCAGACAAUGCCUGCAGUAAAUCUCUGCUCCUCGAAGAUGGCAUAUUGUGAUUCCAAGUUAUACUUGGAAGCUCUUUCUCCUCUUGGUCUAAUGAUGUAUCGUUUAGACACAGGCUAUUGGGAACAUAUUCCAGCCAGGUUCCCUCGUUCAUUAUUGGAUGGGUAUUUGGUUGCUGGUACACAAAAGCGUCUAUUCCUUGUUGGUAGGAUUGGUCUUUAUAGCACUCUUCAAAGCAUGAGAAUUUGGGAACUGGAUCAUGCAAAAAUCACGUGGGUGGAGAUUAGUAGAAUGCCGCCAAAAUAUUUUCGAGUUUUGUUGAGGUUAUCAGCGGAGAGAUUUGAGUGCUUUGGACAGGAUAAUCUGAUCUGCUUUACAUCUUGGAACCAAGGGAAGAGUCUUCUUUAUGAUGUGGAUAAAAAAGUCUGGUCUUGGAUUGCUGGUUGUGCUCUGCAGUCAUGUAACAGCCAGGUCUGCUUCUAUGAACCGAGAUUUGAUGCUUCUGUACUAUGAGCUGACUUUUUUCUUUUCAGUGAAGAUUCUUUAUUACAUCCAUUCUUAUUUGAGGGCACAAUUUUUCUUAUGACUUCUACAUGUACACAUCCAUGUAAAUUGUUACUUCACUUCAUGAUUAUGGGCGUCUGCUGUUUUGCUGGACUAACUAUGUGGUCAUAAGCCUAGGAGACCAAUUUUGUUUGCAAGAUAUAGCAGUAGUAAGAAUAGUUACAACCAAGACUUUCCGUAUAUGGAUUUAGUGACAAAUUAGCUUGAGCACGUGAUCAACUGCACUCAAGGAAAUUAUGUGGGUGGCAUUUGGGAAGAAUAGAAGCCAAGUUUUUAUUUGCUGAUGUGUUGGUUCAGGUUCAUUUCAAGUUAUGGCUAUGGCAAUUAGCUCCAUUGCUCUUGCAGUUCUGAGAUAUAAUUGUGAGCUGCUGACUCCAAAGUUCAAUGAUGAUGAUCAAGAAUGUUAAAACCAUCUAUCAGAACUUGCAGUGCUCGGUUUGGUUCCUGGUAACUAGCUGCUCAAUUCAGAUGUGGUGCUUCAAGAGGCUCUGAAUAAUCUGAGCUCUCAGACUAACUUCUAUGGCUGGAGUUAAAUACUGAAAUCGUUGCUUUGUUAAGUGCAUAUAUAUAGUUUUCAGAGCUUUUCUCUAAUGUAAAAAGACUGAUUUGUGUCAUCUGUUCAGGACAUGAAAAGGAACAAAUUCUUCAAGUUCAACUGGAAUUCUUAUACUAAACCAGAAAUUUUCUCCUUGCUAUGUUCUUAAAUUUAGUGUUGGUUGGCUUCAAAAGUCUAAACUUUUGAGCUUUUUUCUUUUUGUUUCAACGUAAUUACUGUUAGAAUUCAUAUUGUCUAUGGGUCAAAGCUUGUCUUCUGAGAUGAAAUCCAGUAUCUUAUCAGCGUGAUCUCCUCUCCUUUCGUUUUUCAAAUGGUGAAUCGUUUCAGAUUUUUUCAUCAGAUCUCGUCUAAACACACCAAAGCCCUUACUCAGGUGGAGUUGUUUAAGAAGUUGAGCUUAAAAAACAAUAACCAGGUGUCAUCACUUAGUAAUGUGCCAAAUAGGCCGCAAGAUCAAAGGUCAUUUUGCUAUAAAGUCAGGGUUUUCUCCAGUUUGUGAUAUUUUGGCCAUCUUUUCUUUUUCUUUCGCUCUCCCGUACUUUUACAUGAUGUUCAAAACAAGAUAAGUUUCUUGGAACCUGCAGAUCUCUUAGGAAUUCUCUGAAUCAUCUCGGGUAAAAAAUUCUUGAUUCUGCAAACAAAUUGGAGUAUUCAGCUUAUUUUUGCAUAAAUUCCAGAGUAUAAUCACCCGGAGGAAGCCAUUGAAUUGAGGGUUCCUUGAGCUUGUACAGGAGAAUGAAGCAGCUAGGUAGGUAUGGCGCAAAGAAGCUCAAUCAAGUCAGCAGUUCUGUGGGUUCGCAUUUGCUCUUGUUAUUCAAAGUAUGUUUUACAUUUUCACCGUCCUCCAGUUUUUUUGAAUCUGUUUGUUGCAGUUUCUUAAUGUGUCCUUAACUUUUUGUAUAAGGUCAAAACUGGCUUACAGGAACUAAAGAAAAUGCCUCAUGUUUACAAAGGGCAAGCUUUUCAUUUCAUUUCAUGACUAGCUUGUCUCUAUUCUGCUUUUUCUUUACGUAUUGGACUGGGGUCUCUGAUUAGUAGCAGGAUCAAAAUUGCAGCAGGGAAUUUUCUAUGGUGUUGAUAAUACCAUGAAAAACUGGUAGAUGAGUGGGCUAGGAAAAACGAAAUUGUUAGAUCAUUUACUGACGAAAAGGGUUGAUAGAGAAGAGCGGAUGAUUGGAGUAAAGCAUUCAAAUAAUAUAGUUGGAGGGUACCUUAGAAGACUGUAUUGCCAUUUAGAGGUACAUGUAUGUAAAAAUCAAUACAGAUGAGAAAUAUAAAAUUUCUGGUUUGCUUUUGCUGCUGACU